AGGCGGAAUAAAAAUCUUCUUUCUUCGCAAAGUUUGUUGCUGCAAAUGGAAUCCGCCAUGUCCAAUCCUUAAAAUGCCCAAAUGUCGUCAUGCGCACGCCAUUCUGUCCACAUUUUACCUACACAUUUUGCCUAUAACAUACUACCCUCUUCGCGACGCCAACUAUUGAUCCACACUCCAACGAUAACUCGCCGCUCCUUUCAGAGGCAUUUCGUCGAACGUCUUCCGUCCCCGAAAUAUUUCUACUUUUAUACUGUAAUUCCGUCGCGUUAUUUCUCCACAGCUCCGAAGAUGGGAUCCAUAUCGGCCUUGGACGCGCCUCUUCAGUAUCCGGUCGCUCGUCGAGACGACUCCGUCGUUGAUAAUUACCAUGGAGUCACGAUUCCCGACCCCUAUCGAUGGCUGGAGGAUCCAGAUUCUGCGGAGACGAAGGAUUUUGUGGAAAAGCAGAUGGAGUUAACGAAAUCUGUGCUUAAGACGUGCGACGUGAGAGAAAAGCUUCAUGAAAAGCUCACCAAGUUAUACGACUUCCCCAAGUACAAUGCUCCAUUUAGAGAAGGAGACAAGUAUUUUUACUUCCACAACACUGGGCUGCAGCCUCAGACAGUCUUAUAUGUUCAGGAUAGUCUUGAUGGAAGCCCCGAGGUUUUGCUUGAUCCAAACACAUUAAGUGAAGAUGGAACUGUGGCAUUGAGUGGGCAUGCAGUUAGCAAGGAUGCAAAGUACCUAGCUUACGGGAUUAGUUCGAGUGGGAGUGAUUGGGUUACCAUUAAAGUUAUGAGGAUUGAUGAUAAGCAAACUGUUCCCGAUACCAUUUCGUGGGUUAAGUUUUCAUCUAUCAGCUGGACACAUGAUUGCAAGGGUUUUUUCUACAGUCGUUUUCCAGCCCCUGAGGAUGGAGAGAAGUUGGAUGCAGGCACAGAGACCCAAGCUAAUUUGAACCAUGAAAUUUAUUACCAUUUCUUGGGUGAUGAUCAAUCUGAAGAUAUCUUAUGUUGGCGUGAUCCCAACAAUCCCAAGAAUACACGUGCAGCCGAAGUCACAGAUGAUGGAAAGUAUGUUCUCUUUUAUACCUAUGAAAAUUGUGAUCCUGUCAACAAGAUGUAUUACUGUGACUUGUCUUCGCUUCCAAAAGGACUAGAAGGUUUUAAAGAGACAAAGGAAUUACUUCCUUUAGUGAAGCUUGUUGAUGACUUUGAAGCUUCCUAUACCUAUGUUGCAAAUGACGGUACAGCUUUCACCUUUCUUACUAAUAAGGAUGCUCCAAGAAGUAAGUUAGUCCGAGUUGAUCUGAAAGAGCCUGGCUUGUGGACUGAAGUAAUCCCAGAAGAUGAAAGCAGUGUACUUGAAUCUGCUACUGCUGUUAAUAAAAAUCAACUUGUAGUGAAUUAUUUGAGUGACGUAAAAAACGUGCUGCAAAUAAGGGACUUGAAAACUGGUGCAUUUUUACACAGUUUACCACUAGAUAUUGGAGCUGUAUCUGAGGUUUCCUCUAGACGUGAAGACAGCAUUGUCUUUAUUGGGUUUACAAGCUUCCUUGUUCCGGGUAUUAUAUAUAUGUGCAACCUAAAAGGCGAAGCUCCGGACAUGAAAAUCUUCCGAGACACAGUUGUCCCUGGAUUUGACAGGACGGAGUUUGAAUCUCGUCAGGUUUUUGUCCCUAGCAAAGAUGGCACUAAGAUUCCGAUGUUUAUAGUAGCUAGAAAGGGCCUUCACUUGGAUGGCUCACAUCCCUGUUUACUCUAUGGAUAUGGUGGGUUUAAUAUUAGCAUCACACCAUAUUUUACUGCUGGCCGUAUUGUCCUUGCAAAGCAUUUAGAUGUUGUCUUCAGCAUUGCAAAUAUACGUGGAGGAGGAGAGUAUGGAGAAGAAUGGCAUAAAGCAGGUUCCCUUGGAAAGAAGCAGAACGUUUUUGACGACUUCAUAUCAGCAGGAGAGUAUCUUGUCUCUAGUGGGUACACCAAUUCUAAGAAGCUGUGUAUUGAGGGUGGAAGCAAUGGCGGGCUGCUUGUCGGGGCUUGCAUCAAUCAGAGGCCCGAUCUGUUUGGCUGUGCUCUUGCCCAUGUUGGUGUCAUGGACAUGCUAAGGUUUCACAAGUUUACCAUUGGCCAUGCAUGGACCUCCGACUACGGGUGUUCGGACAAAGAGGAAGAGUUCCAUUGGUUAAUCAAAUACUCGCCCCUGCAUAAUGUUAGGAGGCCGUGGGAAGGACCUUCCGGCGACAACACUCAUUACCCGGCCACCAUGCUGUUGACAGCAGACCACGAUGAUCGGGUUGUCCCUUUGCACUCACUGAAACUAUUGGCGACUAUGCAACAUGUUCUAUGCACUAGCAUGGAGAACAGCCCUCAAACCAACCCAAUCAUUGGUCGCAUAGAGCAGAAGGCUGGCCAUGGAGCUGGAAUGCCUACACAAAAAAUUAUUGAUGAAGCUGCAGACAGAUAUGCCUUCAUGGCAAAGAUGGUGGGUGCUUCUUGGCUUGAGUAAUGCACAUAUUUAUUUUCACCAUCUCCAGGUAUGAUACAGGAUCUUAAUUUGGAGUAUUGAUACUGGUAGAAUUUUCAUCCGUGGAGGGUUUUUUAAAAGUAGGCAGCUAUUUAUCUCUGCCAAUUGUCAAUUGGUUAGAAAGAUUGCAUCUUGGGGGACAUCUAUGUUUAUCCUUAUUUAUUUCAAAUUUCUCUCGUCUGGUAUUAUUACACCUCAUGGGUUUGAUAAAUGAUGUUUUCAUCUCUUCA